GACCAGCUGUUAGACAUGUCUUAAGAGCAGCUGAUGUAGCUGCACAGUGCAAGGCAGAACCAGGGGCUGCAGAAGCAGCACUCGCUGCUCAAGAGCCUGCACAAGGCCAAGGAGGCGCCGCCCAUGGAGAAGCCCAAGGUGGUGAAGACGCACCUCUGCAACAUGAUCAUCCUGCCGGAGAUGGUGGGCAGCAUGGUGGGCGUGUACAACAGCAAGAGCUUCAACCAGGUGGAGAUCAAGCCCGAGAUGAUCAGCCACUACCUGGGCGAGUUCUCCAUCACCUACAAGCCUGUCAACGGCGCCACGCACUCAUUGCGCUCAUCCCGCUCAAGAAGCCACAGCAGUAAAGCCUGAGACUCCGCCAAAAAAAAAAGAAAAAGAAAAAGAAAGAAAUCACAACACUGCACACCCCCAAGGGACACACAGACUUUCCAUUGAAUGAAUGAAGGUUCCAUCCCACAGGGUGUCACCCAUUCACAAAAAGCACUUGAUCUGUCACGAACUUCCACCCUUCGUUCCUGCC